AUGGCCACGACUCCAAUAUGGGCAAAACAGCCAUUCAAGGCGCUGUAUAGCGUCAUGUUCAUGCUUAAAGCAGUAGCACUCUUGCCAUUACUUGUACUUCGCUAUGGUCCGAAAUCUCUCCGGCCCCUGCCAGAGCAGGGCCUGCGCAUUUGUGUUGUAAAUGCGCUUGUACGUCAGCUCUUUGCUUACCAGACUGCCACCCGUUCCAACGGCGUGGCAGACGUCGAAUCUGGUCACAAGAAAGCAAAGGAGCGCUUUGCCCUGGUGCAGCCCGCCGAGGCGGAACUGUAUCGCGGUGUCCUGAACCUCAACGGGUCAAUACACCCGGCGGCGGUAGGAGGAAUCUGGUAUCCCUCCCCAUUAGCCAAAAUUACGCCGGCUCCUGAAUCCGAGAAGGAGAAGGUUGUCCUGCACUUCCCAGGCGGUGCAUUUGUGCUUGCUUUCGGCACCGACGCUAACGGACAAGACAUCUCUGGGAUCAUGAAGCAGCAUUUGCACGCGUCAAAGACCUUCCUGGGCCAGUAUCGAGUGAGCAGCAACGACGAAACUCGAUUUCCAGCAGCCAUCCAGGACCUGGUCACCUUCUACCACUACGUAUUAUCGUUGGGUGUGGCACCCGAGGAUAUCCUUCUGUCUGGCGAUUCAGCUGCUGGAAAUCUGGUUCUUGGCCUCAUUCGAUAUAUAGAGCACCUGAAAUCACCUCAACUUCCGCCCCCGUCCGGAGCGAUGCUUUGGUCUCCCUGGGUUCACGUCACGGCGCAAGCAAACCAAGACUACAAGACUUCCAGGAACGCGCAAAACGAUCUCUUGAUUGGCGAGCUCCUGGAAUGGGGUGCCAAUGCAUACCUGCCCCAUGACGACGACAAGUCUGCCAGCAGCGACGGUCUGCCGUACAUUUCACCUUUGCACCAUCCUUUCAAGACUCAAGUCCCCCUAUUCAUUCAUGCAGGUGGGAGCGAGGGUUUUCGUGAUACUAUCGCGAAUUUCGCGCACGAGAUGGAGGGAAUCGAAGGAAAUCAAAUUCGAUACAGCCAGACGGACCAGGCCUCUCACAACUUACUAAUUGCAUACAAGGGCUUAGGCUUAGAUCGCGAGAUGGCUGCCGUUGCAGAGGAGGCCAAUGAGUUCUUUUCCGCCUAUACAGCUGCGUAA